UUUUAAUAAUCUACACCAUUCACAUCAUCACAUGUGGUGAAGAGAAACAGAAUGUCCGAGAGGAAAAGACGUUUAGACGUAGAAGAUUCGAAAUCAACAAAGUCCGGUCGCUAUGACAACGAUAAAGAAAAUGGCGGAGGGAUGAGUAGCUCGAAGCAGCAGAUCAACAAAUACACUGGACGACCUUUCUCUCAGAAGUUCUGGCAGAUACUCACGAAACGUAAAACCCUACCAGUCUGGGACUACUAUGACAAGUUCAUAGAGACUAUAAAGAAGAACAAAUGUGUAGUCCUUGUGGGGGAAACUGGGAGUGGUAAAACAACACAGAUCCCCCAGUGGCUCUCGGAAUACGCUCAGUUGACUGGUAGAAAGGGAGUGGCUUGUACCCAGCCUCGUAGGGUGGCGGCCAUGAGUGUGGCCCAGAGAGUAGCUGAUGAAAUGGAUGUUACCCUCGGACAGGAAGUUGGUUAUAAUAUUCGUUUUGAGGACUGCACCUCAGCAAGGACUAUACUGAGAUACAUGACUGAUGGGAUGCUCCUAAGAGAAGCAAUGAAUGACCCACUGUUGGAGCGGUACAGUGUAGUGUUACUGGAUGAGGCACACGAGAGAACCCUAGCAACCGAUAUACUGAUGGGUAUCAUCAAAGAAAUAAUGAAUAACAGAGAAGAUAUUAAGAUAGUUAUUAUGAGUGCAACUUUAGACGCUGGGAAAUUUCAAACUUAUUUUGAUGACGCACCAUUAAUUAGCAUCCCUGGCAGGACCCAUCCUGUUGAGAUAUUCUACACCCCAGAGCCUGAGAGAGACUAUCUUGAGGCCUCCAUUAGGACAGUGGUACAGAUUCAUCUCUGUGAGGAGAUGGAGGGAGACGUGUUACUGUUUCUCACUGGACAAGAAGAGAUUGAUGAGGCUUGUAAAAGGAUCCAGCGUGAGGUUGAGAACCUUGGGCCUGAGAUCGGAGAACUGAAAUGCAUCCCACUCUACUCCACCCUCCCCCCUAACCUCCAGCAAAGAAUAUUCGAGCCCCCUCCACCAAAGAGGGAGAAUGGAGCUGUAGGUCGUAAGGUUGUCGUGGCAACCAACAUUGCUGAAACAUCACUAACUAUUGAUGGAGUAGUGUUUGUCAUUGACCCUGGCUUCUCUAAGCAGAAGGUGUACAACCCACGGAUAAGGGUAGAGUCACUCCUGGUGUCAGCCAUUAGUAAGGCCAGUGCCCAGCAGAGAGCUGGCAGGGCUGGUCGUACUAAGCCAGGGAAGUGUUUCCGGCUUUAUACAGAGAAGGCAUAUCAAAAUGAAAUGCAAGACAAUACCUACCCAGAGAUACUCCGCUCCAACCUGGGGACUGUGGUAUUGCAGCUGAAGAAGCUUGGUAUUGAUGAUCUGGUCCACUUUGAUUUUAUGGAUCCACCUGGUAAUGCCUACCUCACAACUACAAAUACAGUUAAUUGCCUUGUUUUAAAAUGGUCGUAA